AUGGCUGAAGCUGCGGCUGUCGUUGGUCUUGUCGCGUCCAUCGCAUCGCUUGUCGACUUGGGGCUGAAGAUCACCACGCGACUCCACGACUUCACCACCAGGACGUCUGAGGUGCCUGAGUCGUUCAGGUCGCUCGAGAAGCGACUGCCACUGCUCACAUCCACUCUGGGGCUCAUUCAGCAGCAAGCUGACGCUGGACGGCUCUCCCUCGAAGUCUCGACCGCGCUCCGAUCCCUGACCCAGAGUACAGCGACCCAGCUACAAGUGGUCGAGAAAUGUCUGUCCCAGAUCACUCCUCCUUCCGAUGCCUCGCGUCUGCGUCGAGCGGUCAAGGCACUGCAGAGUUUGACCAAAGAUGGAGAGAUCCGAGUGGCAGUCGAAAGAAUACAGCAAGACAUCGACUUCCUCGUCUUGCAUCAGACCACCCAGCAUGUCGACGUGGGUGACCAGAUCCUAGCAGCUCUCGCUCAGUUACAGCUUGGACCAAUCCCGACAUCAUCCCUUCCACCCCAUCGAGGGCAUGUUGUUGGAAACGUGGCUGUCUACGACCAGGCCCGUGUUCACCUAGGUGAUAUCUACCAGGUACACCAGCAGCCCGGAGCAGACUCGCUCAAGGUGUUUGGUCUUUGCUUGACCUCGGCGCCGUUGAUGGAGCGUGACAGCUUUGUGGGACGGGCCCGGGAGCUCGAAGAGAUGGCACGAGCUCUGCGACCUGGCGAGCCUGCGGUGGAACAACGGCGAGUGGUGUUGGGUGGACUGGGGGGUAUGGGAAAGACACAACUGGCCAUCGCCUAUGCUCGAGAGCAUGAGGCCAGCUACACUUCGGUGUUGUGGCUCAAUGCCACUAGCGAGCUCACAGUAACGGCCAGCUUUCGAUCGAUAGCGGAGACCCUGCCCAGCGCAUCAUCAGUAGCGAAGCUGGAUGACGAUGAGGCGCUUAGACAUACGUUUAGAUGGCUGUCAGACGUCAGGAACACACAGUGGCUGUUAGUAUACGACAACUACGACGAUCCCGAUCAAUAUAAGAUCACGAAGUACAUCCCCACAACGUGCAACGGAACGAUGAUUAUCACGACCCGUCUGCCUGCGCUCGUCCAGGGUCAGCGCAUGCGACAGGUUCGGGUCUCGUCCAUGGAGGAUGUCGAGGAGAGCUUACGGAUCCUACAGAACCGAUCGCGACGGGAUAACGUCCGACAAGACCCUGAUGCUCACCGGCUGGCCCAACGCCUCGCUGGUCUUCCCCUCGCCCUAGCCACAGCUGGUGCGUACCUAGGAAAGACCACCCUGACUUUCCGCCAAUACCUCGAAGCCUACGAGCAGCACUUUAACAUCCACCCUCGACGACCCGUCAACCUAGAAGAGUACACAGACAGAACCCUCCACACAACCUGGGACUUGACCUACCGUCGACUCGAGUACGACGAUCCGCUUGCAGCUAAAGUGUUGAAGCUGCUAGCAUACUUCGACCACCAAGAGAUCUGGUUCGAUUUGCUCCAUGCGGGGAUAGAGGACGAGUCACCUGACUGGCUCCGAGAGGUAGCGGGCGACCAGAUCGAUUUCGAGAACACCAUGGGCACGUUAGUGGACUACUGUCUGGUAGAAGCUCGACCCCAAACCAGGUCAUACGGGAUGCACAACUGCGUGCACGACUGGACGCUGGCACAACUCAACCAGCCCCAAAGCGAGCCGCUGUUCUGGUAUGUCGUGCAAUGCGUGACGGGUAGCGUUAACGAGGAUGACUGGGACUCCCUCGCACAGCUUCGUUACGCCCGUCUCGCCCGUCACGCACUGCGAUGCGCCAGUCCUCGUUUCACACCGCUUACCCAUCCGGACGAGAUCUCACCUGACCAUCUUACACAAGUCGUCAAACUUGCGGAGAUUUUAAGCCAGCAAAUCCAGUAUUCGGCAGCUGAGCAGAUGUACGUGCGAGCACUGGCUGGGAAAGAGAAAGCACUAGAAGCAGGCCACACCUCGAUCCUCGACACGGUCAAUAACCUGGGCCUUCUAUAUAUGGAUCAAGGUAAGCUGGACGAGGCCGAGCGGAUGUUUAUACGAGCACUAGCUGGGAAAGCGCUAGGGCUAAACCACACCUCGACCUUCAACACGGUCAACAACCUGGGCCUUCUGUAUACAAACCAAGGCAAGCUAGACAAGGCGGAGCAGAUGCACGUACGAGCACUGGCUGGCCGCGAGACAGCGCUAGGACCUGACCACACCUCGACCCUCGACACGGUUAACAACCUGGGCGUUCUGUAUAUGGAUCAAGGUAAGCUAGACGAGGCGGAGCAGAUGUACAUACGAGCACUAGCUGGGUACGAGAAAGUACUAGGAGUAGGCCACACCUUGACCCUCAACACGGUUAACAACCUGGGCCUUCUAUACAAGAACCAAGACAAGCUGGACGAGGCCGAGCAGAUGUUUAUACGAGCACUAGCUGGGUACGAGACAGCACUAGGACCUGACCACACCUCGACCCUCGCCACGGUCCGUAACCUAGGCCUGCUGCGUGAGCGCCAAGGUCGACUUACAGAAGCUGAACCCCUAUAUCAGCGAGCCCUGGCAGGAUAUCAGAAGCGACUGGGUAGGGAGCACCCAAAAACUUGCGGUGUAGUAGACGACCUCACCAGGCUCCACCACUAA